ACAACUUGGAGUGAGGGAAGCGAGAGUUUGUUUGCAUCGGGUUCGUAAAGAAAGAUUUAAAUGCUUACAGUCACACUUCUAUGCGCGAAAUAGCUGCUAAGUAGAUUAUGAGCUUUGCUUUUGGUCACAGUUUGCAAGAGAAAAAAAUUGUCUGUAAUUACUUUCGCAUGGAUAUUUCGUCGUGUUGGAUUUGGAGUCUAUCCUGAUCCCAUUUAUUUUUAAGAUAUCAACACGAAAAUAUGCGAUUAAUUAUUUGGGUAAGGCAAUAUGCAUGAUUAUUGAAAGCUCCGCCUUUGAGAGAAUGAUUAGAAGUAGGUGAAAAUGCUUGUGCCAGGUCUGUAGACGCGUCUCAGUGUGUUAUGGAUCCACAUUUCGGUUUGCCAUUACAAUUUCCAAGUGCGUUCACAACAGUCCAUGCGCCUAUUCCAGUGGACCAAAGAACACACGAGGGGCGGUAUGUGUGGGAGCCGAGACUUCACGCCGCGUUAUCGCACACCGGGAGCAGAAUCAAUGCUGAUGGAACUACAGCAAAUUUACCUGAUUUCUCUCAUUUUGCUCCUCGACGAGACAUUCCAAAUGGCUAUGCGGAUUUUGCAUCUCAUUACAGGCUUAGUCCUUACAUGGAGCAAGUCAUUUCGACUUUGCAUGGCAAUUCGGCAAUGGGUUCGCCGCUUGUUGCUGAUGCCAGAGUUCCACUAUCCAUGGAUUAUCUCCAACAAGUUUCGAUGUUGCAUCAAAGAAAUUUACUGGAUGUACACAACUCUUUACAAGCCAACGCGAACGCUGGAGCUGAGUUACCCCUUGGCUUGGACGGAUCUCAAGUAAGUAGCCCUAAACCAGGUGUUCGUCAUGGUAGGAAACGAGCAUUGUCUAGUUCACCUUAUUCUGACUUCGAUAUCAACUCAAUGAUUAGGUUUUCUCCCAGCUCCUUAGUCUCUUUUAUGAAUGGUUCUCGAAGCUCUAGUGCCAGUGGCUCCUAUGGGCACUUAUCAGCUGGUUCUUUAAGUCCAGCGAUGGGUGUAUCUCCGCCAGCUGUUCUUCCUCACUUCCAUCAACUUCAUCACUUAAUGCGUCAAGGUUUAACAUCCCCUUUUCUUUUACCUCCUUCCUCCAGUUUAGGGCAGCAACCAAUAUUUCCAGGACAUAUGCCUCCUCCAAUGUCAAAUAAAGUGAAAACAACAUUCUACACAGGAAUGCAAGAUAAGGAUUCUGUGCUUAACAACAAUGCUUCUUCUGACAAUUUGGCAAAUCAUGGAACAAGUACCGGUAAACAUUCGAAAGAUUCGCGAAGUUCAGCUCCUCGUGGUUCUGGGGAUGGUACGGUGGUAGAUGAAGACAAAGAUGCUACGUCCGAUAUCAAAGAUGAACCAGGAGACUUCAUUGAAACUAAUUGUCACUGGAUAGAAUGCGAGCGCGAAUUUCCAACUCAAGAAGAUUUGGUGAAGCACAUAUGUCAAGAUCAUAUACACAGUAACAAAAAAGCGUUCGUGUGCAGAUGGAAAGAUUGCUCCAGGGAAGAAAAGCCGUUUAAAGCGCAAUACAUGCUGGUUGUUCAUAUGCGCAGACAUACUGGAGAGAAACCUCACAAAUGCACAUUUGAAGGGUGCUUCAAGGCAUAUUCCAGAUUAGAAAAUCUAAAGACCCAUCUUAGAUCCCACACAGGAGAGAAGCCUUAUCUGUGCGAAUUUCCCGGUUGUACGAAAGCAUUUAGUAAUGCAUCAGACAGAGCAAAACAUCAAAACAGAACUCAUUCGAAUGCUAAACCUUACGUAUGUCGAGCCGAAGGUUGCACCAAACGCUACACAGAUCCGAGUUCUCUGAGAAAGCACGUUAAAACGGUUCACGGGGCUGAAUUUUAUGCUAAGAAGAAGCACAAAGGUGAAGAUCCAGACGGAAGCUCUCGUCGAUCGAAAGAAAACCACAGCCCUCGAGAAAAAGGGAAAAACGAAACAUCACAGAAUGCUACGGAAGCUUUCAAAUCUUCUGCAGAGAGGCCACCCACUGCCGCACUGAAUGUGAAGGAGCAAGAUCAGCAAGGAACAGUCAAUGGAACUCCUAAUGGUUUAUGCUCAGAAAAUCUUCAACUGGUGGGGGAUGUUCCUAUUAGUGACAAUUGUGUUUCUACCACAAGUGGAUUAGGAGAAGUUUUUGAUGGAGAUGCUCAGCAUUGGGAAAUUAAUGGUUCCGUUGAUGGGGAGGAGGAUGAAUAUAUAAAUGCCGUCAUGUGUGCUGUUACAUCCAGUGGGAAUGAAGGAAGUGGAUUUUUGAAAGGCAGAAAAGGAGGCUUUCAUAAAGCUUUCAAAUCCAAAACAUCUUGGCUUCCUAAAUUGCAAUUGCCAAAAGGAAUUUUCCAAAGAAGCAGUUGCAAGACAGUAGAACCAUCACAGACAAAUAACUUAUCUAAAACUUCAGAUGUUGAAACAAAGAAAACAUACACAAAUCUCUCACCUUCGAAAACUUUAGGUUGUGCAACUACUGAUCAAACCAAGAUCAAGACUGCUGGUUCUAGAAGAAGGCAAAACAGCACAAGUUCAACAAGUACAUUUUAUGGUAGCAUGUCAUCAGACGUGAGCAUUCAAAGUCAAGACACAAGCAAACGUAAUCAAGGUUCCUACACAACUCAAAGUAUGCACAGUGCACCAUCAUCUUGUGAUCCUAUUUCUCUUUGGGGAUCCUGUCGUUCGAGUGAAGUAAGCAGUAUUGAUGGGUUAUCUCCAUCAAGUUCCAUAAAAAUAAAAUCUUUGCAACCAGAUGGUCUAUGUCCUACCAGUAUGCCUUCAAAUCCGGUCAAUAAAUGUGAUGACAAUCAAAACAUAGCUCCGCCUGCUCCCAUGAUAGACCAAAAAGAUGCUGUGAAUUAUUAUAAUAGUUGCCAUAAGGAAAUGAAAGCUUCUGAAACCGAUCCAAAAUUAUGUACAUCUGAACAACUUGAACCGAAUGUAAAUGAUCGCUUUACACCGAUGCAAGGCAACCCACAGUUCCUGCCUCAUCGAAAUGUAUGCAGUAAUCAAAAUACCGAUUGGAAUCAAAAUAACAUAUAUGAAAAAGAUUUACAUGCAAGUAAAAAUAUUUCAGAUUCGGUUACAUUGGAUUGCAACAAAGAUUUGAUUCUUCCAGAUGAUGUUGUAAGCUAUCUGAACGAAGUAUCUCAGCAAGAAGUAGAAAGUAGUAAAAGCUUUUAUCCGAACCACAAUUCUUUUCAGUCACCCGUUAAAACUGAUUGCUGCUCUAAUUGCAAAAUGGAUCCUCAGCAGAAUCCACCCCUUCCUAAUUCUUAUUGCAAUCAUUUACCAGUUCCCAACACUUUUUACCAGAACUGCACAACGCAACAUCACAUCAAUAUGAAUUCAUCGAAUUGCAUUAACCACGAUGCAAAUAGAAUAAAUUGCAAUGAUGUACAAAACAAUUUUAAUCCGAAUUCUGUGAACUAUCAGUCAAAUGGUUGCAAAAAUGAAUACAUUCCUCAAUCAUGUCACCAAGGGGCUAGUCAACAUUUGAUCAAUCAUUGUUCUCAACAAGCCUGGAAUACUCAAACUUCUCAGCCUGUAGCAGUCAUCCAGAACCAGGUAUGUUCAACCCAUGGAAUGAAUACAUUUUACUGCAAUCAACAACAUUACAGCAAUCCUCCAGCUUACCAGAUUACACCACAGUACAGUUCUAACAAUAUGCAUAUGCAUUCUCCUGUUGAAAAUCGGUGCUCCAUGGGUAAUUGUAUCGAUUCUCAAACAAUGCAUCCUCCACCGGUUUACUGCAACUAUCAGCAAGUUCACCAGUUUUCUAAUCAGCAAACUGGAUACAAAUGUUCUCAAAUGUGUGAUGCAUCAAAUGGCAUUCAACCCCAGUGUCAACAAAUUUCACCAAAUUAUAAUAUGCACCACCAGCAAGGAUCACAUCCGCAAAAUCCAAAUUGCUUUCAUCAAUACCAACAAUGCUUAAAUUGUGGCGCUGGACAAAAUAUACCUCCAAAUCACUGUUUUUCAAGCAAUACUGCUCCAAGCAGAAAUAAUAAUUCACAUUUUAUUUCGCCCAGUCAUGUUAUUCAUUGCAUGCCACAGCAAAACACUCCUUCUCAACUUGUAGAUGGUGCCUCUCUAGAAGGUGUUUUACCUAAAAGUGAAAAGACUGAUUUUGAAAAACCAAACUAUGUUCCUCCCAAAACAGAAGCAGUAAGUGUUUCGUGCGCUAAUAGUGUUCCGAAAGAAAGAACCACGCCAGUGCCUAAUCAAAAUACUAGUUUUCAAAACACUGUGAGUCAUGUUACAGAUAAUGUUCCCAAUGUUUCUCUGAAUCCCACUCAAUCGUUAUUGCCUACAUCUAAUAUGGUUAUUAAUGAUAUGAAUUCGAUUUUAUCAUCUUUAAUGGAAGAAACGAAGUAUUUAAAACUUUUACAGUAACUUUAUUAUAUUGUUGUAUAGAUACAUAUUUAUAUAAAAAUACAGGAACGAGUUUUAUCGUGACGAAAUGAACUCAAUAGUUCCACUAUUUUGGUUUCAAUCAAAUAAUAUGUGUAUAAAAAAAUACAACUGGAAAUUCUUCAUUGUCUGCAUUACUCUUUGUGCUAAUUAUAAAAAUUAGAAAUCUCUCUAUUUAAGAAGUAUGAAAUUAGAAUUUGAACUUAUAUCUAAGGAAAGUAUUUCCGUAUUGGAUUUCUUGCAUUGAAGUAAUCUAAAAAGAAAAUACCGAUAUUAAAGCAUUUUUAUAUUGGUUUAUUGAAAAUAUAAAGGAGUAAUCUAAAAAAAUAGUAUAAUUAAUGUCAAAUUAUGAUUUAUGGUAUUGUAUAUAAUUUUUAGUAAUUAUUAUAAUAUGUUGUAUUUUCUGUCUGACGUACAUAAAAUUUUCUGAGAAACAAAGAAAUAUGCAUAGUUCUUUUUCUUAUAUUGUGUUUUUAUAAAUACAACUGUGUAAAAAUAUAUUUGAAUUUUAAAACAAGAUAGCGAUGUAAAAGAUAACGAUGUUUCAAAAAAUGAAAACUUACUCUAAUUGAAACCUUUAUACUUCUGUGGGGACUUAAAUCGAAGUAUGAAAUAUAUGUAUUAUAUAUUUUAGUAAUUUGCUUCACAAAUUUAUAAGAAAUAUGUAAAUAGAAAUAUACAUUUGUAUUUGUAUACCAUGUAUUUAACAAUUACAUUCCCAUAUACAUACUUUUACGAACAUGUGAUGCUUUGAAUGUCUGAAAGACACUAUUUUAUAAUUGGUACUUUACAUAGUCUGAUCAGCAAUAUUUUUAAUAGCUAUGUUUUAUAGAAAUUUCACUUUGACUGUGAUACGAUGUUAUAUCCUAGACUAGAAUUGAAUUUAAAUUUUUUACCAAUUGUUCUAUUGCGAUUUGUUAAUCUUUCUACCGUUUUUUUAAAAGAAA